AUGUGCUGCAAGUCCAGUGUCAGCAUCUUCAACGGAAAUCGUGGUGUUGGGAAUAGGCUCCUGGAUGUCAAAUCAGCUAAGAUUUUGACAGAGGCUGCGACCAGUCUGAUCGCCUGUGAGGGUGAUUAUGUCCCAAUGGAAUGUCCCAGCAGAUUUUCAAUCCAUGUGAUCGACGCCAACUUUGGACGAACGGAUGCUUCACCGUGCGGCGGUAAUACAACUGUAACGUCAUGUGUGACACCUGAAACUUAUCAAGUAAUCUUUGAGUACUGCGAGGGGUCCAAUACCUGUGAGAUCCUUUCCUCUGUUACCGUGUUCGAGGAUUCGUGUCCAGAUGUUGAAAAGUAUCUCAACGUUACCUUUGAGUGCCAAGGAGGACCCACGAAGGAAACAUCGUCGACAACGGACAUAGCAUCCACUAUUCCAAAAGAAACCACACAGAGCUCGCAGACAUUAACAACUGGCGUGUCAUGCUCGUGUACCGAUUGUCAGAAAACAGUCAGUAAUCAACUAUCAUCAGUAGCGAACCUGGAAAUUAUUCUGGAACUCACUAAGAAUAUAACAGCGGAAUUGAAGCUUGAUAAGAAGACAUUGUCCUCCGCAAAGAGACGAAUCACAUCGGCCUCAGACGAUAGAGUUAGCGCUACCUUUAUGGGUUAUAUAGGGAUUGGGGUGUUAACAGUUGUGUUCGGAUUGGUUGUCUUCACAGACAUCGUCAAUAUCGUCAUACCGUGUGUGCUUGGCCAACGAACUAUUCUGUAUGACAUUUAA